CCCCCCUCCCUUCUGUUUGUGUGUGUGUGAGAGAGAGAGAGAUAGCACCUCCUUUUUUAGUGUUAUGGCUACAGCUCUCCCUAGUGAAGACAUGGCUGUUCCCCAAAAGAAGCUUGAGAGAUUGCUCAGCAUGCAAGGAGGAAAAGGAGAAACAAGUUAUGCAAGAAACUCACAAGCUCAGGGCCGUCAUGCAAGGUCGAUGCUGCACAUACUGGAGGAAGCACUUGAUAAGAUGACAUUGCCUUCAGAGGAGGAGCCAGUGCUCACCAUCGCUGACCUCGGGUGCUCUUGCGGGGACAACACUGUCUUCACUGUGGGAGCAAUCGUGAAACAUAUGGUCGGGAGGUAUGAAGGGGCAGGGCGCGAGGCUCCGGAGUUUCAGGCUUUCUUUGCAGACUUACCAUCAAAUGACUUUAACACACUCUUCCAGUUGCUCCCGCCGCCCCCAUCGAGCCUCGAGCAGUGCUUGGCUGCUGGUGGGUCUCGCUCAUACUUUGCCACUGCUGUGCCUGGGUCGUUUUACGGCCGGCUUUUUCCGGCGAGAUCGGCUCAUGUCUUCCACUCUGCCUUCUCCUUGCACUGGCUCUCCCAAGUGCCGGAAAGUGUGAUGGAUAAAAGAUCGACGGCUUGGAACGAGGGGAGGAUAUUUGUGCAUGGAUCCUCAGAGAGCACUGCAAUGGCCUAUAAGCGUCAGUUUCAACAAGACUUGGCAGUGUUCUUGAGGUCGAGAUCAAGGGAGAUCAAAGUGGCGGGUUGCAUGUUCUUAGUAUGCCUGGGUAGAACUUCACCUAAUCCUAGUGAUCAAGGAGGGGCCGCCUACCUCUUUGGAAACCAUUUUGAAGAUGCUUGGAACGAUCUUGUGGAGGAGGGCCUAAUGGACGCCAAUAAAAGAGACAGCUUUAACAUUCCGGUUUAUGCACCGAGCUUAGAGGAUUUUCGGGAGGUGGUGGAGGCAGAGGGCUCAUUUGCAGUGAAGAGGCUCGAGAUCUUCAGGGGAGGGACCCCUCUUGUGGUGGGCCAUCCUGGCGACCCGGUCGAGGUGGGCCGUGCCCUUGUGAACACAUGCCGUAGUGUGUGUGGUGUACUCGUGGAUGCUCACCUAGGCGAGUCUCUGAGUAACGAGGUUUUCAAGAGGCUCGAGCGGCGAGCCACGAGCCACGCCAAGCAGCUGGUGGAGCAACUAGAGCUCUUCCAUGUUGUGGCUUCCCUCUACCUUAGAUGAGCAUUCUCUCUCCCCUUCAAUGAGUCUUGUCUGGUGAUCACUUUACUUAUUAUGGGUGUUAUUUACCUUAUCUCCAUGGACAACUGUGCUAACACCUUUGUGUAAUAUCUCACCUUUUAGCACUAAUACUUGGACUUUUUUCCCACCUUUAUAAAGCAUCUGAU